UGUCUUCCGGGUUGAAUAUUUGUGUUUCUGCAGCAACAAUGUCUUCAUCUACGUCUUUAAGAGAGCUUAUCAGGGAGCGACUGACCGCAGCAGCUGAAGAAAUAUUCACAGAGUUUGAUAAAACCAUCGUCCAGUACGAGGAAGAGCUGGAUCGUCAGCGGAGACUGCUGGAAAUCUGCUGGAAACCCAGAAUAGAGCUGCAGAGAAUAGACAUUUCACAUCUGUUCAAUGAGCAGGAGAGUCAUUCUAAUUUGGACCAAAAGGAAACAAAACCUCUAGGACAGAACCAGGAAGAUCCAGGACUUGAGCAGAUGCAUCAGAACCCCUGUGAUCUGGACCCACUCUUUGUAAAAAAGGAACAAGAUGAACCAGAACUUCCACAGAUACAGAUUGAACCGUUUGAAAUGAAUCAAGAGACUGAUACCUUCAUAGAAAAUCCUGACUAUGACGAGAGAAACCUCAGACAAACUGUACCAAACUUCGACCAGCUCGUCGUCCAGUUCUCUUCUGACAAUGUGAACCAAAACCAGGGAAGAAGCGACAAUGAAGACUCCGGAUCAAGUACAGAUGCUAAACUGAGACAAAUUAAAGGGCGUCAGAAAAUCAGAGACAUUGUAGACAAGCCAAAAGUAGAGAAACAGAAGAAAAGGCAGAUGAAGGAGAAUUUGUGGGAUGGUGAAGUUUCUCACAAGACAACUCACACCGGUGAGAGGCCUUUCUUGUGCGUGACGUGUGGAAAAGGCUUUAGACAUGCUGCAAAUUUAUCUCAGCACAAAAAAAUUCACUCAGGGGACAAACCUCAUUUAUGUGUAACAUGUGGAAAACGGUUUAUUCAAAAAAAUCAGUUAUUGUGUCACAUGCAAACACACACAGAUCAGAGACCGUUUUCAUGUAAGAUCUGUGGAAAACGGUUUAAAAGUGGCACAAAUUUAUCUCGGCACGAAAAAAUUCACUCAGGCCACAGGCCUCAUUUGUGUGUGGUGUGUGGAAAAGCAUUUAUUCAAAAAUCUCAAUUGACCAGUCACAUUCAAACUCACACAGGUGAGAAGGCUUUGUCAUGUAAGAUCUGUGGAAGACGCUUCAACAAUAGUGGAAAUUUAUCUCGGCACAAUAAAAUUCACUCGGGCCACAAGCCUCACUUGUGUACGACAUGUGGAAAAAGGUUCAUUCAAAAAACUCAGUUAACUAGUCACAUAAAAAGACACAAAUGAGAGGUCGUUCUCAUCAAGAACUGUGGAAAAACUUUCCCUGGGAUGAAGUAAUUUUCAGUGUUAAGACAUAAGUCUGUAAGGCAGCUAAGAUGGAAGAGUGUUGCGAUCAGAAAUCAGACAGAAUCCAGAAAUGGUAGAGCUCUGAAUUUUUUCUUUAUGCGAAAAAAAUCCGAAAACUCCCCUCCCUCUCAAACAAUGGAUUUUCCCAGUGAGGCUUAUUGAAAACACCAGGUCCUUGUCAGCACUGGUCAUGGGCGCGCUUCCAUGGCAACACGUAACCAGAUGACCUCAAAGAGGAGAGAGAAUGAUUAAAACAAAAUAUUAAAUAAAGCAAGUUACUUCCUCCAAACAAAAAAUACAUUUACCAGAUAAAUUAGAAUACAGACGUACAAAAACAACACCUGUUAGGAAGGGGGUAAAUCCCUCACAGAGUAUCUCAAGCAUUACAUUUUUGUUCGACAACAUACUUCCAUGCCUCGGAUUUGUCUCCGUUUAAGGGUGGAUAUUGUGACAUCUAACAUUUGCAUAUUUUACAUUGUACUUAUUGUAACAGUACAAUAAGUAUUACAAUUAUAAUACAUGGAACAAUCCACUGCUUCUGCCUUUAUGGUUACAGUUUCUGAAGAGGGCAGUGAUCUGCUUGACAGUAAUAAAUCUGAUGAUGAUGAUUGUAGACCUUUGAUGGACCUUGAGACCAGCUGUGAGAAACUUGAAAUUGUAUCCAAGUUAUUGCUAAUAAAAGUGGUUUGAAGUCA